UCUGCUCCAGAGACACACGCGCUGCGUCUCCUGUUCCGCGCUCAGCUGCCCAAGCAGAAAAAGCUGUCAUAGUCCCUGUCGGGUCUUUUGCACUUUAGUUUCUUCUCUAGCUUGAACUUUUUUAAAGUCGCGUCUUUGGACUGUAAGGUAUGCUGGGAGCCGUGAAGAUGGAAGGACACGAACACUCGGACUGGAGCGCUUAUUACGCGGAGCCCGAGUGCUACACUGCAGGUGGAAACAUGACCGGCGGACUGAAUUCUAUGAGCGCCUAUAUGAGCUGCGCGAGCGGCGUGAACAUGCCUUACAUGCACGCCGGACUCGGCCAUCCUGGUAGUGGUACGUGCACGGGGAUGACCCCUAGCGCCAGCGCAUCCUACCCGAACCUGAACUCGAGCGCGUGCGGUCAGGUCACCGGCAGGGCCCGCGAUCCCAAAGCGUACAGACGAAGCUACACGCACGCCAAACCGCCCUACUCGUACAUCUCCCUGAUCACCAUGGCCAUCCAGCAGUCCUCAACCAAGAUGCUGACGCUGAACGAGAUCUAUCAGUGGAUCAUGGACCUGUUCCCGUUUUACCGACAGAACCAGCAACGCUGGCAGAACUCGGUCCGCCAUUCCCUCUCCUUUAACGACUGUUUCCUCAAGGUACCCAGAUCACCCGACAAACCGGGCAAAGGUUCCUUCUGGACUCUCCAUCCCGAGUCAGGAAACAUGUUCGAAAACGGCUGCUACCUGCGGAGACAGAAACGCUUUAAAUGCGAAAAGUCUGAAGACAAACCUACAGAAUCGGAAACCGGUAAGAAAACGCGAAGUGACAAAGAAUCGUCUCGACUUGAGACCUCUCCCACUAAAGAUAUAAAAAGCUCCGAUGUAAAAGAAACGCACGCUUUGAGUCCCGAACAUCAGGAUCAUCAUCAUCACCAUCAUCAUCAGGACCAGCAUCUGGAUGAACAGCAUCAUCACCAUCAUCAUCCUCAUAUUCUCUCUCAGCAUCACUCCGUGCUCGUGCACGACUCACACCUGAAACCGGGACACCAUUCCUACUCGUUCGAUCACCCAUUCUCUAUCCACAACCUGAUGUCUUCAGAGCAGCAACACCACAAAAUGGACAUGAUGAAGCCUUAUGAGCACACCAUGCACUGUUCGGGCGGAUACGGGUCACCAAUGACCGGGCCACCGAUGAUGUCAGCGCGGGGCAGUUUGGAUCCCUCAUCCCUUCCCUCGGAGUAUUCUUACUAUCCGGUUCCUGCUUGCACCAACAGGGCGUAAAUAAUACUUUUAAAAAAUUACAAGAUGGAGAUUAACUCAAAUGAAGCAGUUAAAAACACGUUCGCGUAUUAAAAAUGUGGUAACUACUGACUAUGUAUCUAAAGAUCUUUCUUCAAUUGUUAGUGCGCACAACAAAUGGUCUUAAAAAAAGCUAACGACUCUUCUUUUAGAGCUUCGUGAACGCAUCCUUCACUUCGACUGCUUUCUACAGAAAAAUGUAAUUUUCUUCCAUCAAGAGGAUGGACAGGAUUUUAUUAUCCCUCACACACAGCCUGUAUACAAAUCCUUCGCGAAUGUUUUUUUUUUUCAUGAAAAAAAAAAAAAUAAGAAGAGAAUGUAGUAAUUUACUUUAUGCUUGGUUUAUACUGUAAUUUAUAAUUUUGAAUUUUUGAAUGUGUAUA